AUGCAAUGGCGCCUCGCCGCAGCAGUAACAAUGGCUGUUUGUGGAUUUCUUGAUUACAAAAAAAAUUAUCUUAGAGAGGACACAAUUCGUAGGAGAAAAACCGAUAGGAGGGAUGAGAAAUUACCAACUGGCGGCGGUUUUGUGGUGGAAGGGUCACCGAAAACACACCUAAUCGCCGGUAAACGUCCCAAAAUGGCUGGUAAACGCCCCAAAAUCGCCGGUAUAAAAACCCCGGUGGUGUUCCUGUCGGUCAAGUACACCUCAGAUUCUCUUAGAGGUGUCGACAACGAAAUUGAAACACCACAUUAUGGGUUCUUCGAGUUUCUGUUGCCAAUCUCCAUGAUUCCAGAUAUGAAGGAUAAUCGUUAG